AUGGCGUCGACUCACAGCUCGCGCCGCCUCGACGGCACACUGUUUGCGCUUCUGCUCGUGCUUGCGGCCGCCACCGCCUUUGUCAGUGCUGCCGCGGCGCGAGGGGACGCGCUGGCCGCCCGGCACGAGCGGUGGAUGGCCAAGUUCGGGCGCGAGUACACGGACGCUGCCGAGAAAUUACGCUGGCUGGAGGUGUUCGCGGCCAACGCGCGGCACGUCGAGGCUGUCAAUCGAGCGGGCAACCGGACAUACACGCUCGGCCUCAAUCAGUUCUCGGACCUCACCAGCGAAGAGUUCGCGGAGAAGCACCUCGGGUACCGCCACCAGCACGGCGUGGACAGCACGCCGGUGGCCGCGGUGAACAUGUCCAAUGCUCAGUUCGACUCCACGCCGGACAGCGUGGACUGGAGGGCCGCGGGUGCCGUCACCCAAGUCAAGAACCAAGGCUCAUGCGGUUGUUGCUGGGCGUUCGCGGCGGUAGCGGCGACGGAGGGGCUCGUAAAGAUAGCCACUGGCAACCUCAUCUCCAUGUCAGAGCAGCAGGUGCUGGACUGCACGGGCGGCGCCAACUCCUGCAACGGCGGCGACAUCAAUGCCGCCCUAAGCUACGUCGCCUCGAGCGGCGGCCUUCAGCCAGAGGAAUCCUACGCGUAUACCGGCCAGCAGGGCGCGUGCCGCAGCAGCAGCGCCAGCCCAAACUCGGCCGCCUCCAUCGGCGCCCCCCGAAUGGUAGAACUGCACGGCGACGAAGGCACCUUGCAGGAGCUCGCGGCCAGACUGCCGGUGGCCGUGCCCGUGGAGGCUGACCGUGACUUCCAGCACUAUAUGAGGGGCGUGUACACCGGCAGCUCGUCGUGUGGACAGAACCUGAACCACGGCGUGACGGUGGUGGGCUACGGGACGGACAGCGGCGGGCAGGCGUACUGGAUGGUGAAGAACCAGUGA